GCCGACAAGUGUUGACAGGUCAUUUUUCUGAUAAAAACAAACAUUUUUUUUUUUAUAAUACUUAACAUUGAGAUAAGAAUUUUAUAUCGUAAGUAAAUUUCUACAGAUUAUUGCCUUGUUGUACUUUAUUUUUUUAUCAUUUUUGUGUCAAAAAACUUGAAACUCCCAUAAUUAACACUAUGCCAAGUGUAAAAGAUGAAUCUGAACCAGAAGGCGAGGAAGUUUCUCACGACAGUAAUGACAGUAAUCAAAGUUCAGCAUCCUGUGACAGUAGUGCAGAACACACGGACAGUGAUGAUUCUUCUGAAAUGGAUGAAGACGAAUGUGAAAGGCGAAGAAAUGAAUGUAUAGAUAAUCUUGUCGAUCUAGAAAAACAAUUUUCAUUUCUCAAAGAGCAGCUUUAUCGCGAACGAAUCACUCAGGUUGACACAAAAUUGGGAGAGGUACGGGUUGGAAAAUCAGAGGAAUAUCUCAUUCCUCUUGAGCGACUAAGAGAAAAUAUGAAAAUAAAACAAGAAGUUGCUGAUAUUUUAAAACAAUUUCGAUUGCAAAAUAUUCAAAAUAAAUAUGAUGCUGAAGAGCAAGCUGCUUCGCAAAAUUUGAAAAGUGAAAAACAACUUAUUUGGGAUGCAAUUCAUAGUGAUCUUCAAGAAAAAAUUCGCCGACUUGAAGAGGACAGAAAUAAUGUUGAUAUUCACGCGGAUUUAUGGCAAAUUUCAAGUGGUAGACGAAGAAGAAAUCAUACUGAUCGAAGAAGAGCAGUUUCCGUAACUGGUCCAUUCAUUGUUUAUAUGCUCAAAGACGAAGACAUUCUAGAAGAUUGGGCAUUAAUAAAGAAAAGUUUAACCAGUCGAAAGACGGAAAUUCUUUAAGAAUUACACAAAAUAGAGGUGAGGAAAGAAUUUUUUUUGUUUCAAUGACUGAUACAUAUAAAUAUAAUAAAAAAAAAAAAUAGUGCAUUAAGAAAAAAUUUUAAUAUGUGUAAAAGUGACAAACUUUUCAUUAAGAGUGGCUCUUGUGCUUUUGAAAAUGGGAGCAAUUUUUCAAUCCUAAAACAUUUUGUGGUAAAUAAUAAUAAUAAUAAUAAUUAUGUAAAGAAAUAUAUCUUGAUAGUUGAGCGAAUAAUUAUUUUCCGUAGAAUUCUACGAAAAAUAUAUUUAUUUAAAAAAAAUGUUUGCAAUAAUUUUUUUUUUUUUUUUUUUGAUUUUUGAAUAAGUUACCGACCAAGUUUACUGGUUGAAAAUUUCGCUGACUGAUUAUACCGACUUUUGAUAAUAAAAUGAUGGUAGAAAAAAAAUGUCGGUAAUAAGUAAAAUCGAUAGAAAAAAAAGAGAAGCUAAUUUUUUAAUUAAAAAAUAUUCAGGAAUUUUUCUUUUGCGUAUCUUUAAACGCGAAAAUUAUCUGUAACCUAAUGAGAAAUAUUUUCUUAAAAGAUACUGUUUAUAUUACUCAUCAAAAUGAUGAGAAAAUGUAAAUACAUAAUAUGUAAAAUGUUGAAAAAAGUUUUCCUGAAAUAAGUAGAGUUUUUGCAACAAUUAUUAUCUUUUUUCUCUUUAUUAAUCACAAUCAUAUUGAUUAAAAACAAUUAAGAGCAAUAAAAUUUAUAAAAGAUUCAUCUUCAUUUUUUAUUUUAUUUUUGUUAGACAAAAAAAGAAUUACAAAUUCUAAAAAGAAAAUCGAAACUACUUUUGAAUAUUUUAUGUUAUGGUAUAUGUUACAAUUACUUUAGUUUUUCUAUAGCGCUUUGUACUUGACAUUUAAUAUUAAUAUAAUAACUCUACGAGUGUAAAUAGAGAAUAAAAUAUAUCAAGGAUUCGAAACUGAAAAACAAGAUGGAUACUUUUAAAUGUUAAUUUUUAUUUAGGCUAUUUACAACACAUACGUACAAUACGUGACCCUUAUUUAAAAUUAUGUUGCGCUCGACCGAAAUGGCGCUCCCGUAUAAUUCAUAGUCCUUUUUUUUUUUUUUUUUUUUUUUUUUUCUUAUACUUUUCCAAUGUUCAGUUUUGUUCGUUACAAGUUCGUCGCUCAUUUAAUCACGCGAGCAUGUGAUAUGUUACAAACUUUUAGGAACAUUUUCACGAGCGAUUUUCUGAAAAGUCGCCAAUAAAACAGCACCCUAUGAAACAAUUCAUUUGCAGAUUUAGCAAAUAAGGGAUUUUCAACCUCUUUUAAAAAAAAAAAUAAAAUUACAUAUUUUUUAUAUAGAAAAUUUUUAAUUUAAAAGAUUUUUUCUUUUUAUUUAUCACCAAUUCAAUUAAAUUAUUAGGAGAAAUAAAAAUGAAUUUAAACAUUUUUUUUUUAAUUGAAUAAAAAAAUUUCUCGUUGAAAUUAUGCAAGUGUAAUUUUUGCUAUUUCUGCAAGUGAUUUAUCUUCAUGUGCGCAAAAAACAAUGCAGCUCUCUGCAGUUUUUUUUUACACCUCAAGUCCUUACAAUGAGUAGACAGUUAUCGCAAAGUGACACCAAUAUAGACAAUUGUCGAUUGGACAGAUUCCAAAUAUCACGACAGAACGACGCCAGGGUAAGGACGAUUCACAGUAUUAAAUAAUUAAUAACUUAAUGAAUAACACUAAAAAAAAAAUUAAUAGAAUCCUUAAACGCAAAAAAAGUUUUUUUUUUAAGUAAAAACUUGAUUUUUUGAUGAAAUUAAAUUUUACGUUUCUUUUUUGCGUUUAUUGAAUCCAUUAAAUAUUUUUUUUUAUUUGUCAAGAAUAAUAUAUAUAAAUAAAAUUAGAACGACGGCCCUGGCGUCGCAUAAAUUUCGAACUUAAAACAUCGUCUUUGUCGAAUUUUUAACAACCAAAGCAUAUUGAAACAAAUAUCUAACAGUUUAUUUUUAAGGGUAGGAUGCAUACAUUUUUAAAAGGACAUUGAAAAAUCGCAUACGCUAGAAUAUCUGUUGAUUAUAUACUAAUAUACGUGUCUAUCUCCCUCGUUUAUGUACAGCGUUCCUCCUAAUACGAGAAUCUCACUCCUCCUUUUUUUUAUGUUUAAAUUUUAACAAAAACAUUUUUCACAGAUCGUUGUUAAGAAACUAAUGAAAGAGCUUGCAAUUUUUAUUAAAUACUUUCAAUUUUUAGAUUUACUCGAGUCCUGUACAAGGAAAAUUGGAAACGCAUUAAAAUAUCAUUUUUUUUUAGAUUAACUUCCCCAUUAAUUAUUAUUAUUAAUUGUGAAAUUACUAAUUAAGGUACUUAAGUUGCGUUAAUCUCUGACAAAAGUUAAUGCUAAGAAUAGCAGCUAUUUUUUUAUUGACUAUUUUACAAAUAUAACUCAACAUAGUAAAACAGAUUUGUUAUUUGAUUUUUAAAUUUGUUUUGCACUUUUUUGUGUUAUUUACAAAAAAGGAUGACGGAUUUUUUUUUAAUUUUUAAAUUAUGUAAAAACGAUUUCUUCUACACUUUUAUGUAAUUUACAA